CCCGGAGCCAAUCGGAGUAGUUAACGUUGUGUGGCGGAAGUCGGGCCUCGGCGGGUGCGCGGCGCCAUGGCCGCCGGUUCUGUGGCGGUGCUGGCGCGGGCGCUGGAGGCCCUGGAUGUUGGUGGUGCAGCAGAUAAGAUUAAUGUAAUACCUCAAGACUUUUUUGCAGAACUGUGUGAACAGAUAAUUCAACAUCUGAACCGUAAGAUCCCAGGUGUAAAUAUAGCUGAAUUGUGUCAGAGAAUUCAAACGUCUGGGAUUGAGAUUAAUGUUGGUGACCUGGCAAAAAUAGCUAACAUUAUUUCCUUUCUAUUUAGCACAGCAGCCAGAAACAAUCUCUCUACGGAAGAACUCGUCGCCACCUUGGGCAAUGCAGUCAGCGCGCUGCCAAAACAUGCAGUUCAAGUUAUUCGUCAUGUAUGGAAUGAGCAGGGCAAAUCCAUUAGCGUCUCAGAAGAUGCAAGAAACAUGGCCACAAUGGGGCAGUUUGUAGAUAUUAAGUGGAAACUGGGAGUUGCGAUGAGCUCUGACACCUGCAGGUCUCUGAAGUAUCCUUAUGUUACAGUGAUGCUAAAAGUGGCAGACCCUUCAGGACAAAUAACAGACAAAUCUUUUGAAAUGACGAUCCCACAGUUCAAGAACUUCUUCAAACAGUUCAAGGAAAUGGCGGCUGUUCUUGAAACAGUUUGAGGACAACUUUUAUUUACAUUGAAAUUUUGGACAGACUUAGCUCAAGUAAACUUUCCGUUCUGCACAGGGAAUAAAGUGCCAUUGUACAGCAAGGUAUGUAUCCUUGUCUUUUGGACAGGUACUUGUCAGCAUCAUCCUUGCAUAGCUGUGAAGACUUCUUCGCUUUUGAGUACUCGAAGCCAGCUCUGCAGUGUCUGUGAAAAUGUGUUCAGCUUUGUUCAUCCUGGUAGAAAAAAGAUCAGGAUGUGUACGGAGAAGCGUCACUGUAGACUUUCUAAUAUCCAAGAGUAAGAAGCUACAUGUAAGAAACUACACAUUUAACUCUGGAGUGCAGAAAGGCACCUGAACAUGUUGGCUGGGAAGAUACACAGAGAAGUGUAAAUCCUGUGUUAACACUUAGGUGUGUAAAAUUCAGGUGCGCUUGGACUCAACAAUAAUAUUAAAGUAUAAGGAGCAUAUGAAGUUACAUAUAACAAGCAUACGAUUUUUCUUGAAGAAUAGCAAUGUCAAGUAGGUAGUUGCAGGUACUUGCAGUUCUAUCUCUCAGUCUUCUAAUAACUGGAGAAUGUACUUGUCCUAACACUUUGUUUAUUUCAAAUACUUA